AUGAGUAAACAAUAUUUUAUACGUCAGUUUUCAUCAUCUAUUAGAAAUUAUUCAAGUGCAAAAUUAAAUUCUUCUCAAAUUCAAUAUGGUCCAUUAUCUAAAGCUCAACAAGCAUUUUUAGAUAGAAUUAUACGAGUUGAUCAAGCUGGUGAAUUAGGUGCUAAUUAUAUAUAUAUGGGACAAUAUUUUGUAUUAUCUUCAAAAUAUCCACAUUUAAAACCAGUUUUAAAACAUAUGUGGGAUCAAGAAAUUCAUCAUCAUAAUACAUUUAAUAGAUUACAAGUUGAAAAAAGAGUAAGACCAAGUUUAUUAACUCCUUUAUGGAAAUUAGGUGCAAUUGGAAUGGGUAUGGGUACUGCUUUAAUUUCAAAAGAAGCUGCUAUGGCUUGCACAGUUGCUGUUGAGACUGUAAUUGGUAAUCAUUAUAAUCAACAAUUAAGAAUAUUAAUGAAUCAAUAUAAUGUAGAUUUGAUAAAUAAAGAAACUGGAGAAAAAGUUGAAAAGGAUGAUUUGGAAUCAGUCAAGUUGAAUACUUCACCAGAAUUGGCUGAAUUGAAAAAUAAUAUAUCCACAUUUAGAGAUGAAGAAUUAGAACAUUUAGAUACUGCUAUUGAACAUGAUGCAGAAAAGGCAGUUCCUUAUAUACUAUUGACUGAGGGAAUAAAAUUGAUUUGUAAAGGUGCUAUUUGGUCAGCUGAAAGGGUUUAG